GAGUUUCCUCACUGGACCCUCGUUCCAAUGGUAAGAUUGGCGGUGUUACUUUUGGCUAUAUAUGCUUAACACAAGCGAUAGGUAUUAUCAUUGGAAUUGUUCUUGGACUUGUAAUGCGACCGGGGGAGAAAUUCAACCAAAAUGUGUCACCAGUUUACAGCACUGGCGAGACAAUAAGUUACUCCGAUUUAUUUGCGGAUUUAUUCAGGAAUAUGAUCCCAGAGAAUAUAGUUCAAGCAUGCAUGGAAUCUAUCCAGACGUCGAGAGAAGUGGUCACAAAUAGUACAUUAAACAUCACUGAGGUCGUAAAAGAAAUUGAUUACCGGGAUGGAAUGAACACAUUAGGUAUCAUCAUAUUCAGUAUAGUAUUUGGAAUUGCCGCAAGUGCAACGGGGGAUUCCGCCAAGCCUGUGUUAAACUUCUUCAGUGGAGUAAAUGACAUCGUCUUUAAAAUGAUGACUGCAAUUAUGUGGUACUCUCCUAUAGGGCUUGGUAGCCUCGUCGCUUCUGCUGUAUUGAAGAUAUCAAAUCUUCAAUCAGCAUUCGAGUCGCUUGGAUAUUUCUCAUUAACCGUCACCAUUGGUCUCUGCAUCCACAGCUUGAUUGUUCUUCCGGGAAUAUACUUCAUAGCUUGCCGUAAGAAUCCCUACAAGUUCUUGAUCAAAAUGAUCCCUUCCAUAUUGGCAGGAUUUAUUCCUCCAUCCAGUAUGGCAGCACUACCUCACUUAUUUCUCAAUACGGCUAGCAUUGGGAUAGACGAUCGUGUUAGCAAGUUUGUCCUUCCAAUAAGCGUCAACAUCAAUAGAGAUGGCUCUGUUCUGUUCAUAUGUGUGGCUGUGUUGUUUGCGUCACAGAGUAUCGGAAUCUCGCUCACGGUGACUAAAGUAAUAGUACUAGGAUGUCUCUGCUUUGCAUCGUCGUUUGGUGUUGCCGUGGUUCCAAGUUCAAGUCUAGUAAUACUGGUUUUACUAGGUGGCGCUCUAGAUCUGCCUAUGAAUGACUCUAUAGCGCUCUUCUUCACAUUAGAAUGGCUUAAUGACCGCCUAAGAACGGCUACCAAUGUGCUUAGUCAUGCUACGGGAUGUGCCCUCGUAAAUGACAUUUGCAGAAACGACCUUGAUAAGCAUUCUAGUUUUGACGAUACUCCAGAAUAUGAUCUUGACAAGGCCAAGGGUGACUAUAUCAAAGUGUCUACAGAACUAAAUGGAGACUGUGAUAGUUCUUUGUGAUAGUCGAGGUAAUGAUGGCAGUUCGUAACAAAAGCGAAAGGAAAGCAGAUCAAUUAAUGGAAAACACAAAGGGCAUCAUUGAAACUACCUUAUUACCACUUUAAACACAUCUAAAUGGGUCAAGACUCUUUCCCGUUUUGAUACGUAGAUGUAGGAUUACGAAAUCCUGAUAUUCCAUCCACAACGCCGAAAAUAAUAUGUUAUUUUCCUUCAUACACCGUGGACAUUAAUCAGUUUACACACCUGUCUGAUUCAUACCGGCUGCUACUUGUAAUCGGAUGCUCAAUUGUUUUUAGAAAUUAACUCACUCGAAUAAAGAUAUGGUCAUCUCUAAAUCCUAGUGCAUUCCUCUUCUUAUUUUAUAAUAAAUACAGGGUGGUCAAAAAACGGAAA